UAGGCUGCUGCCUCCACCUCACCCUCUCCUCCUUCAUCCAUUCAUCUGGUUACUCUGCUGCACCACGCUGCUGCCCUGCCCGGACCCGCUCAGUCUGGGAUGGCACAAACCAUGAACGGUCCAUUUUUGGGGCUUUUUCUGCACCUCAGUCAGCGGUAAUAAAGAGCUGAGAGGCUGCAUCCAUCGGCAGGACGGCGGUGACUCAUUGCGCACAGUCGGUCCGUCAGGGUGCUUGAAUUUUGCGCUCGGCUGAGAGGGAUCGAUACCUCUAAGACCCAUAUUGUGGCGGAAGGCGUGGCUUGGUGUCACCGACACAGGGUUGAUUUGUCCAUAUUCAUUUCUUAGGGUUUAGCCUCACAUCUCACUGACACGGACGCGCAAAAACGGCACGCAGCGGACCGGGGCUUAAACCUGAAGAAGAAGCCCAGUGUGGAGGAUGCUUACUGAUGAGGCUGAGUUCAACAUUAGCUCCACUGGAAACUGCAGAAAGUGACUGAUAGCACACUGUGCAUCUGCUUCCAUCUUCGGAUUACGACAGUAUUUAAAGACUGAAACAGUGAAUCCAGCAUGGGAACUAACCCAAAAAGGACAGUGACAGUCCAGAUGGUGCCUCAGCUGGCUGUGGCCGAUACACUGGGCAAUAAGGAGCCUAAUGCCAACUGGGGUAAGGAGUCCAACCUCAAACUCUCUCAGGUUUGUCCAAAACCCACUCUCACAUCUCCUGACAAGCAGGAUAACUUCUCUGUGACGACUGCUCCCACUAACACCAUCCCACACACCCAGAAAACAGCUUCCAAGGGAGGUGAACCAGUUAGCAGCACUGUGUCAGACAAUCCAGAACCAGGAAAUGGAAACCAGAUAGAGUCUGAGCAUGUGACAGGUGGAGAUCAACAUUUGCCUGACCUUUCUCCAACAGGCCAAGCUGUGGGUGAGGCAGGAGGCGACCGGAGAGAUUCUAACGCUAACGUGAAAAUGCUAAGCCCCGCUAAUGAAAAGGAUGCCUGUUUGCCGUCUGCUGUUACGGCAUCAAAGGUCGAUGUGCACAGCAAAGACUGCAGAAUAAAAGGGCCAAGUGCACCAGAGGAGGAGCCUGCAGAGCUGACAUCCUCAGCCAAAGCCACAGCACGAGAGAACGGUAAUAAGCAUGUUUCUCCAAAUGACAAAAACCUUAACAACACCAGUGAAUUGAGGAAUGCAGCAUCUGAACCGCAACAAGAUAACAAAGGGAGUAUUUCUGCUCCCAAGGACACAUCACAGAAAGCUAAAGAGCCUGAUCAUAUACAGACCUGCCCAUCAAGGUCAGUUCCACCAAAACCUAUAGAAAACAUGGAAACUUCAACUCCGCUCAGCUCCACUAAACCUCCAUCUAAUAGUAAAGACACAGAGGCUGAGCCUAAAAAUGAGAAUUCAUGUUCGACAUAUACAGAGAAGGAUAUUCCACCAGUAGAGAGACCACAAGUCUCCUCAGAUAAACAUCAGCCGGGGUCUUCCCAGAAGGACUCCUCCACUGUGCUCCAGGCUACACAAAAUAUGCCUUGGCAGGUGGCCGAGGAAAGCAGCCAGACUGACACAGCUGUCUUUGAAGGAGAGCAGCGCAGCAAGCUCUACAGGGAGGCUUCGACUAUGACCUCAUCCCCAUCACCAGUCCUGGUCAGGCAGUGUCAUGAUAUGGAGGUUCAGGCUGUAGCUGACAUGUGCAGUAAGGCUGUGUCCACGAGCCCAAGUCUGCUGCCCUUCACUGCGACUCGCAGGCAGAGCGGUGGUGCAAUCCCCAGGGAGGAGGUGCAGAGCCUGGCUGUAGUGCACCAGGUUCACGACAGCGUGAGCCUCCAUCAGACCAAUAUAACUCCCCUACCCGCCUCUAUUGACCCCAGGUCUGAGAGACUCACUGUGGAGGCGGAGAUGUGCCCCAACCAAAACGCUGCAAGGGUUUUCCACUCAGAGACUCUAUCCCAGCAGCACGACUCGAGGCUGGGAGCCAAGCCUAAAGAGCCGGGAUCAGCUCUGUGCAACAUCCAGCCAGUUUAUCAAAUAAACAUCGAACACAGCAACCACAAGAAGCAAGGCGAGACAGGUGGCGACUCCCAGCAUAAAACCGGGGUUCAGGUAUCCGCAGCAAAAACAGCCACUGCUGAAGCUCCUUCUCUCAGAUCAGGGACACCCCCAGAGACAGCUGGUGUUUCCAAGUCUGGAUCUGCUGACGGUAACAAUGCUGCGCUGUCUCAGGCUGCUGCUACAGCCAAAGCUGACCAGGCCCUGCCAACUGCAACAACAGCAGCAGCAGCAGCAGCAGCAACCACCACAUCUAAGGCAGAUCUAACUAAAAAUAAAGAUGAAAGUUCAAAAGAAAAAAGGAAAGAAGCUGGAGGUAAAACCCGGACGAAGGAGACAAAUUCAAGCAAACAGAAGAUAGAACCAGAGAGAAACGACGAAGAGGACGACCAGUCGGGGAAGCAGAAAGACAAGAGCGUGCACGACGUCGUCUGGGAUGAACAAGGGAUGACUUGGGAGGUCUACGGGGCUUCUGUGGACCCCGAAUCCCUCGGUUUUGCCAUUCAGAGCCACUUGCAGUGCAAAAUCAAGGAGCAAGAGAGGAAACUGAUAGCCCAGACCUCCUUCCGAAAGUCAAUCUCUGGUCCUGAUUCGCCGCGACAUGGCAGAAAGAACAAAAGAAGGCAGCAGAACAUUUUCAGGUCAAUGCUGCAAAAUGUCAGACGGCCCAACUGCUGUGUGCGCCCCCCUCCCUCCUCCGUCCUCGAGUAGCACAGCACAGAGGUAGUCAAUGUCGAACUCCUCCCUUCUCCUAGAGGUCAAAAUGUUUGUCCUCCGCCCGUCACGAUUGCAAAGCCACGUGAAACAUUAACGGGACGACGAUCCCUGUAAGUAAGUAUACUGGAAUGUUGUAGCAUAAAAGAGUCAAAAUAUUUGUGAUGUUUGUGGAGGUAGGAAAAUAGAAAUAUAAAAUGAACAAUUCAAGACUUAUUUUCUAGAAAUAGAUAUUAUGAAAAGAGGUUUUUAAAUAACAAAGGCAAUAAUAGUGAAACGCAUGUAUCUUAGUUGCAGUGGCAGUUGUAUGACCUAAAAUGAAGUCCAGACCUUCACAGUAAAAGGCACUGAUCAUGGGGUAGACAUUUUACUUACUGUCAGAAUAUUUGUGCAAAUAUAUUAAACCGACAUCUCAUUACAUUUUGGUGCAUUUGGUAUAUGUUUUUGAGGUGUUUUUGGGGCCCUAUAUUUCUAAGAUUGCUGUAUUUUCUUUUCAUGCAUAUUUAUUUUUAGUCAGUUAUUGAAAAAGGGACUGUAUGCAUACGUAAAUGGGCUGUUUAAUCUCUGUUCUUCUGGUUUUCUAUUAAAAUAAGAAAAACACUG